AUGAAAAUAAGUGAGACCACACCUGAAUUUCAACACCUUAAAGAAGCACAUGAGAAAAUGACAAGUGUUUAUGAAGCCGCAAAAGAAACAAUGAUUGAAACAAAACGUAAAAAACAUGAAACUCAGGAAAAAAUUGCAAAUGUACAACGUUCAAUUCGAGAGAAAAAUAAAUCUCGCGAUAUAACCAUGUUAGCUGUUAGAGAAUGUCAAUCUGAUACAAAACAACGUAUGGAAAAAGCACACGAAGACAUGUUAAAACUUGAAGAGGAGAUUUAUGAAAAAGGUUGCCGAUUAGAAACAUUAGAAGAUGAAAAUGAACGAUUUCAAGAAACUAUCGAUUAUUUGACCCAUCAAAUUGAAUUAUUUAAUCGCUUUUCUCAACAAUCAAGCGUCGAUAUAAGAAGUCUUGAUGAUAAUAAUCACGGUCUUAUUAAUAUUCUUGAAUCCGGUUGGGGUGAUGAUCGACAAUUAGAACAUGAAGCAGCAGAAAAAGAUUUAAAAUAUAUCGAUGAUUUGACUGUUUUACUUCGACACACUGAAAAACGAAAAGCAAAAGUUGGCACCAUUGUACAUCGUCUUGUUGGAGAACUACAGCACUUGAAAUAUUAUCUUGAAGGAAUGUCAAAUCCAUCGACUCCUCCAAUUCUCUCUAAUCCAACACCUGAUCAUCCAUCACGAACAGCAUCGAGUGGUCGCCGGAGUCGUCGUCGUAGUUUAGAAGAAGAACAACGUGCUCAAUCAGCAAUCAUACCGCCAAUAACACCAAUCGAUUCGAUUAAAUCCCGACGAAGACCACAGUCAGUUAUACGAGGUGAAACUUCGGCACCCACGCCAAUACAACUGCGACCUGAUAUACAACAGCGUGUAUCGGAUUUUGUUGAAGAAAAUUUUCAUCUUAAAUCAGCCAGUUCGAAAAAAACAAUAAAAUCAAGUAAAACAGGUUAUUCAAGUGGUCAACGGUCCGAACGAACAGAUUUCUCAUCUUGGCAAUCUGGUGUUACUCCAAAACCUAAUCCAUCCGAUGAAACCGAUCGAAGGAAACCAACAAAUAAUCCAAGAGUUGCCUUCGCUUGA